AUGGGCUUUGUGAAGACUCUCUGUGUGUUCCCUUGCCGCCCAUUAUGCCUAUCAACUUUACUUAGAGAACAAGGGCCUUCUGUGCUUUGGAGAGGGUGGGCUACCAAAUUCUUUGGUUAUGGUAUGCAAGGUGUUUGUAGGUUCGGUCUAUACGAGUACUUCAAGAAUCUCUAUUCAAAUAUGCUGGCAGACAGCAACAGAAAUGUUGUUUUCUUUGCUAGUAGUGCUUCUGCAGAGGUGGUUGCUAACGUUGUUUUGUGUCCCUUCGAAGCCAUCAAAGUUCGGGUGCAAGCGCAACCUGUUUUUGGUAAAGGGUUGCUAGAUGGAUUCCCAAAACUAUAUGCUGCCGAAGGACUCCAUGGUUUUUACCGAGGGCUUAUUCCACUUUGGGGUCGAAACCUUCCAUUCUCGAUGGUGAUGUUCUCGACAUUUGAGCAUACUGUGGAUUUCUUAUAUUCUAAUAUUCUCAAGUCAAGAAAAGAAGAUUGCUCCAUAGCAAGGCAGCUUAGUGUAACAUGUUUAGCAGGAUAUACAGCUGGAGCAGUGGGUAGUAUUGUUUUAAAGAUGAGCCGACAUCAGUCCCACAUCGGUGCUCUAUUCAAAACAGUCCCACAUCGGAAGAUUAAUCAAACAAUAACAAGUUUAUAUAAUUAG